AAACCCAAAGCUAGAAAAGAAACCAAGAAGCCGAGAAAGAUCUUUUGGAACAUAAAAAAAAAAUGUACUUCGCAUCUACGGGUUCUUCACGACAAUUUCUUUUACCAAACUCUUUUAGUUUUGGGCACAGUUUCAGACCCAGACACAAUAUUAACUUCAUUCGUCCGAACUCAAUCUGUUGCAAAGCUCCACACCACGACGAGGAAGCUGAUUCUUCCCGGGAAAAUGAGAAUAAGCUGGCAAAAUUGGCAAUUGCGACGUUAGCGGUUAGCGUUUUGGCUUUGGGAUCCGUUGGAGAUGCAUCUGCGGCUAAGAGCGGUGGAAGGAUUGGCGGUCAAGCGUUUCGAUCUUCAGCUCCUCGGCCUCCACCUAGAGUUAACAACCGAUCGAGGACCAACAUCUACGUGAAUCCUCCCGUUGCACCACCUUUGAUCGGUGGCUAUGGAUAUGGAUACGGCGGUCGGGGAUGGUCACCGUUUUCCUUCUUUUCCCCUGGUCCUGCGGUGGCAGUUGGUGUCGGAGGUGGCUUCGACCUCCUCGUUCUCUUCAUGUUUCUUGGAGCUGCUUCAGCCGUCGCUAGAAACUUUUUUCGAUCAAGAAAUGAAGAAGACGACGAAGAUUACUAUUAGGGCUGGGGAAGUAUAAAAAUAAAGUUGCUUGUGUAUAUGUUGUGUUAUUAUAACAGUCUGUAGAAUAAUGAUAUUGAACUCAACUUGCUAACUUGUUUAUUACGUUUCACAGAGAACAUGUAUAUAUACAACGAGAUUGACCGA